AUGGACGAUCACGGUGAUUUCGACAGUAUCUCAUGGCAGCGCGAGGAUACAUCACAAGCCGAAGGCUCCACUCCCUUCGAGGCCACCCUACCAGCAAGACCCUCGAAUGGCCGCAGGAGUGAUAGUAUGUCCAGCGAGCCCCAGGCUGGUGAGCAGGCGGACAAUGUCGACCUGGCAGGGAUAGGUCGUGAUGGCAUCCUGGAGGUCACGGUAGACAGCCCAUUGAAAGAGAAUGAUGGGACCAAAGACGCCUACGUAUCGUACCUGGUGACCACGCAUACGGACUUCAAGUCCUUUCAAAAAUCAGACUUCUCUGUCCGGCGACGAUUCACAGACUUCGUUUUCCUCCGACAAUCCCUACACCGUGACUUCCCAGCCUGCGCAGUCCCCCCUCUGCCAGAGAAGAAUAACAUGGCAUACGUACGAGGUGACCGAUUCAGUAACGAGUUUACGCAAAGGAGGGCGUGGUCCCUCCAUCGCUUCUUGAAGCGAUGCACACUUCACCCAGUUCUCCGGCGCGCGCCAAUCCUGAUUCUCUUUUUAGAGACGGCAGACUGGAAUGCCCAGAUGCGCCUGAGACCCUCAAGGAGCAACACAAUUGAGAGUGGGAAUGCAACAGCGCCAACAGGAUUCUUCGAUAAUGUCGCGGACACUAUGCUCAAUGCGUUUUCGAAAGUGCACAAGCCUGACAAGAGAUUUAUCGAGGUGACCGAAAGGGCCAACAAGCUCGACGAGGAUCUGUCCCACGUGGAGAAGAUCAUCGCGAGGGUAGCACGUAGGGAAAACGACCUUGAGGUUGACUAUGCGGACUUGGCAACCAACAUGCGCAAGCUAACACCCUUGGAACCAGCUAUCGAGGCCCAGUUGCAGACAUUUGCUGGCUGCGUUGACGAGACAUCCAGGGGCUGGAAGAGCCUGAAAGACCAUACCGACCAGAACUAUCUUGGGAGCCUCCGGGAUAUGGAAGCCUACAUCAACUCGGUCAAAUCUCUACUGAAGACGAGAGAACAAAAACAGCUCGAUUUUGAAGGUUUGACGGACUACCUCCAGAAAGCAACCUCUGAGAGAGAUUCUCUGGCGUCAAGUAACCCAUACUCUCACGGUUCGAAUUUAAACCCUGCCACGUUUAUCCGCAACAAGGUGGAAGACAUGAGAGGUGUCGACCAUGAGUCGGCACGAAGGGAACGAGCCCGCAAAUUGGAGCUCAAGAUUGCCGAGCUGAAUCGCGAGGUCGACAGUGCAAAGGGAACGAGUGAAAUGUUUGACGAGCAGGUCGUUCGAGAAGUUGCGGACUUCGAGAGGAUAAAAGGUGUCGAGUUCCGAGACAGCCUCGGGGCGUUGGCGUCACAGCAUAUGGACUUUUUCCAGAACGUGAUUUCAACGUGGGAACGGUUCCUGGUUGAUAUGGACGCAGAUAGUAAAGAUAAAGGCCGGGCGGCCUGA